AUGACAAUGUACAAAGUUGUCAAGGUCGAAGAAAUUGUUAAUAAUUCUGAUUGUCUUCCCAACGACCUGACGGUCUACUGGCAUCAGUAUCCUUACAGUCUUGGCAUCGUGUUUUGCAAGCUACGAGCACUUAUAUCUGAAGCGGCUUCGUAUGUCUCUGUACUGACAAUAGUGGCCUUCUCUCUGGAACGGUACCUCGCCAUCUGCCACCCGCUGCACCUCUACACCAUGGCGGGACUCCGCCGAGCGCUGAAAAUCGUGGCUGCACUAUGGGCCCUGUCGCUCCUGGCCGCAUCGCCCUUUGCCAUGUACACCACCGUCAGCUACCAUGAUUAUCCACCAGGAUCUGGCAACGCAUCACUGGAGUCGGCCUUCUGUGCCAUGCUGGAGCUACCUUCCUGGUACCUGUGCGAGCUGAGUAGUCUUCUCUUCUUCGUGCUGCCAGGGUUCAUCAUCCUCGGCCUGUACGUCCGUAUGGGACUGCGUAUUAGGUACGUUAUGGGGUCGACACACACUAACAAACCUGGCAGUCCAGGGACCCUGAACGGUGUGAAUGGGAGUGUCCACGGAGAGGCAAGACAGGCGCAAUCCAGGAAGACAAUAAUCCGGAUGUUAGCGGCGGUGGUGGUAGCGUUCUUCGUGUGCUGGGCGCCGUUCCACUUCCAGCGGCUCUUCUUCAUCUACGGCACCGGCUCCAAGCACUACCACACCAUCAACAAGCACCUGUUCAGUGUCGCCGGCGCCUUCUACUACGUGUCCGCCACCGUCAAUCCCAUAUUGUACAACGUCAUGAGCCAUAGGUACCGAAUAGCAUUCAGGGAGACACUGUGCUGCAGCAAAGUACAUCGGAAACAAAGCAAGUGCUACCGCGAGCACUCCAGCGUUAGGGAGACGAUGGUCAACCACACGUCAGAAGGGGCACAUCUGGUCAGGGUGAGGUCACAGAGCCACCGCAACCGGCUCGACCACAAAACCUUUCGCAGAUGCAGCUACUACGGUGCAGAGACUAUGGCACUUUGUGAGAAGUGGAAGCAAGACUAUUGCAGGGACAGUACUAAGCUAAGUUUGAUGAGAAGCGAAAGGAAUAGCACCAACUCAUCGCCUUGUAAUAACAAUGAAGCUAGUCAAGUGCUGUACAACGAGAAUGACUUCGAUGACGAUUAUAAAAAUAAUCAGUUGUGUACUGACGAUGAUAGUAAUAUAAAUAUUAACAUAUCUAUACAUUUGCAUAAGUAACUGUAUGUGUGAAACAUCUAUGUCUAGUCAUUCGGUAUUCAAUAUACCUUGCCCCCUAGACUAUAAUCUGUUUCAAUAGAACAUAAUAUAACUGUGAGA